AUGUUUCCUUGUCAAACUACUGAGCCCCUACACAACGAUGCCCCUGUCGACUUGUCCGACCGCAAGUCGAAGGCAGGUGUCGUACCCCGCUAUCACGUGACGGUGCCGUGUGUCCAGGAGAGUCCGUCAAAAGCUGACGUCACAGAGAUCCCCACAGAUGUGACAGGUCUCCCACCAAGAGACCGACACCGUCCCCGAUCCCGACCUCCACUACCAGAGCGUACGGUGCCCGCUAAGCCGCCGACGCGCCCGUCCCCUAAGACUUUCUAUCAUCCCGAUUUUCCGGCUCUCGUCCUGGUAUCCGGAACCGACGCGCACAUGGCACGGUCUUCGUCACAGGAGUCUGGUCACUCUCUUCCUCCCGCCUAUUCCUUUGUUGACGGACUAGGGGAUAACCGAUUCCUCGCUCCCGACCCUCGACAAACAUCUACUCAAUCACUGACACCGUCCUUCGUUGGCGGAGAUGAUACUGAGACAAGGCGGACUUUGCUUGUGGUUUACAUCCAUGGCUUUUACGGCAACGACCAGUCGUUUCAGUCAUUCCCUGCUCAUGUACACAAUUACCUCAAGAAUGAGCUGAGUGACAACUAUGUCAUUCACUCCAAGAUCUAUCCCCGGUAUAAGACAUACAAGGCUAUUACGCUUGCCAGAGACAACUUUAGCUCAUGGCUGCAACCUCAUGAGAGUCCUACAACCGACAUCGUUCUCGUUGGCCACUCCAUGGGAGGAUUACUGGCCGCUGAUGUUGCUCUGAUGGUAUUCCAUUACCCACCCACUACCAUACAGAGUGUCUCAAAGCUAACCUCCUCGCAGCCCAAUCGUGACCCUUACUCGUCGCAUCCUCUGAAACAUCGUCUCCUGGGUACCAUCUCUCUUGAUUCCCCUUUCUUGGGGCUUCAUCCAGGUAUCAUCGUUUCGGGCAUCAGCAGUCUUUUCCGGUCCAACCCCAGCCCCCCCGAAACCCCCGAACCGGGGGCGGGACCCUCCACAACAUUGAGUCCCAUACUUUCCGGAACAGCAAGUCCUGAACUCUCUCAAUAUGGUUCCACGACAUCGAUCAACCAAAUUUCUUCCAUUGACAACAGCUCCACAACGUCGAUCUCACCCCAGCCUUCAAAUGACCCCUUCUUCAACCCGUCCUACUUCAACGACGUCCCCUUCAGAGAACAGCCCUUCAAGAAGCGACUGCUACAUUUUGUCAAGAAGCAUUCGUCCGAAGGCGUAAUCGGCGCAGCCAGAAACCAUGUUCUCUCCCAUCUUGAAUACGGCGGCUGCCUUGCAGACUAUCCCGCUCUCAACUCACGCUACAGCAGGAUCCGCGCCCUCGAAGACGUUGACGAACUCCACUCGCUCCGUCAGCAGAGCCAUGGACCUGCUGCGUCGCAGAAUCAACCCCUUGCACGUGUUCGUUUUGUGAAUUAUUACACUAUCAGCACUGGCAGGCCCAAAAGGGUCAAGUCGAGGUCGCACGGCCCAUCGCGCAGCCGUUCACCAGAGCUCGACACGACAACUGACCGCCUGGAGGCUGGAUCGAUGGAAGAUCGCGGUUCCUUGGUAUCGCCUUCAAUGUCUGCCUCGGUAGGCGAUGUGGCCACGCCUGGCAUACGGCUUGCUGAGCCCAGCGGUGUCGAGGAGAAGCUUCUCUCUCCUACCGAAGCUGCUGCAGCACAGGACAACCUGCCACCGGCGGCUUCAAUGCAGCAUAUUGACCCGUUUCCAGAAUCAUCUGAGGUCGGCGACAGCGAGCAUGUUGUUCAUGGCAGCUCAAGCUUGAGCCAGCACCACAAUGACAGCACAGCAGACCUGCCAGCUGUUCCUGAUCUGCCUCCUAGACCGGUGACGCCAGACCUAGAUGCCUGCCCAGAUAAGGAUUCUCGACGCCAGGCAGAGAAAGAAGCCAAGCGCGACCUGAAAACCUACGAGCAGGCCGUGAAGAAUCGCGAGAAGGCCAUCAAGGAGCGCCAGAAAUUGGCGGACAAGCGGCGGAAGAAGGCUGAGAAGGACACCCAGAAGUCAGAGAAGGAGGCUGAAAAGGCGCAAGCCAAGUCCCACACCAGGGAACAGGCCCAGCGUGAGGCAGAGGCCGAACAGAGGCGACAGGAGGCCGAGCAGCGGGCGAAAGAGGCAGUCGACAGAGAACGCGAGGCAGCGGAAAGAGAUGGGCGGCCGAUGCCUGCUCAUGAAGCGCAACAACAACAACAACAACAACAGCAGCAGCAGCAGCAGCAGCAACAACAACAACAACAGCCAUCCAAUGAGCAAUGCCAAGCAGACACCGAUGUCACAGACCGAGGUCGAGAAGGAAGUCCAUCACGAGGCCGCACAACAACAGCGGAGAGGGAGGCCCGCGCUAUCGAGGCAAAAAAGCCGGCGAAAGAGCGCAAGUUUUGUGUGCUGCCGCGUCGAGUCGGCGAGGGAAAGGACGACACGUGGGUAUCAAUCUUCAUGGAGGGCGUGGAUGAGGUAGGUGCUCAUUGCGGUCUUUUCUUCCCAGGCACUCACUACGAGGGCUUGGUCGGUAACGUUGGACAAAGGGUGGUGGAGUGGGCUCAAGAGAGCCUUUCGAACAGGGCCAUUCUCGAGCUGGCGCAGACCACUGAUGAUUUGCGACUUGACUGA